AUGGAAGUGGAAGAUGUUGGUGAUGCUGUGCUGACUGAACUAUAUUAUAGAUCACUAUUCCAAGAAGUAAAGGAAGAUGAAUUUGGCAAUGCCCUCACUUUUAAGAUGCAUGACCUUGUCCAUGAUCUGGCUCGAUCCGUAAUGGAGGCUAAACACGGUGGAACAGAGUCAAACAGAACCAUGAUGUUGGGUGUGCCAUAUGAUCAGCUAACAGUGGCUUUUCCUAUUAUAAGAAUGAGAGGCACUGACCAGUUUUCUUCUUUCUUGUCAAAAUGUGGUUCCCUGAGGGCGCUCAUUAUAAGGUCAACAUGGUGGGGAGAAAUGUUUACAGAGCUGCCGCAUGCAAUAAGCAAAUUGAAACAUUUGAGGCAUGUAAAUCUUUCAGGAUCUGACAUUGUUGAACUACCCAAUUCAAUUUGUGACUUGUGGAAUUUGCAAAUUUUAAACCUAAAUGACUGUGACAAACUUCGGAGCCUGCCCAAAGGCAUGAGAUUCCUCAGAAAUCUUCGACAUCUUUGUCUACAGGGGUGCUGGAAUUUGACUCACAUGCCAAGUGGAAUUGGGAAGUUGACUUGCCUAAGAAUGCUGAGUAUGGUCGUUCUGAGUGGCAAAAACAGCUUCCAAUUAAGCGAGAUGCGAGACCUCAAUAUGCUUAGAGGAAUUUUAAUAAUUAGGCACCUUGAGAGGAUUGAAACCAAAAAGGAUGCAAAAGAAGCUUGUUUAAUUAAAAAACAGAGCCUCCGCAAGUUGCAUUUGUGUUGGGAUUCCGAAAGAACGGUUCAACGUUACAAUGAUGAGGAAGUGCUUGAAGCCCUGAAACCCUGCCCUAACCUUCAAUUUCUGCACAUAGAAGGCUUCAACAGUUCAUCAUUUCCAUCUUGGAUGUCAACUGUAACAAAAGUUGCUGUGGACGGAAGUGCAGCGGAAUACAUAGUUGGGGCUCGGGAGAGUACUGCCGCUGAUGCAAGGUCCCCAUCGUUGAAACAACUGGAGUUGAUGAACAUGCCCAACCUAAAAGGAAUGUUAGGAAGAGAGGUCCAAGGUACUACUAGUACUCCCCGGGCGUUCUCUCAACUUCAAUCCUUGUCUUGUUUCAAUUGCCCAACGUUGACAUUGCCGUUGCCACGUAUGCCGUCCCUAAAGGAGUUAUACGUGGAGAACUGUCCGAACAUGGCAUGGGCUUCAAUAUCCAAUCUCACCAGUCUUAACUCCCUUAAAAUUAAGAACAUUGAAGGAUUGAGUUGUUUACCAAAAGAGAUGCUACAAAAUCUUAGUCUUCUUGAAUCGCUGCAAAUUAGGCAUGUAAGGGAUCUGCGAGCCUUACCCAGAAGCUUGGCUAGCCUCACGGCUUUGAAGGAGUUGAUUAUCUGGGGAUGUCCCAUGCUCAAGUCUCUGCCAGAGGAAGUCAAACGUUUCCCUACACUACAAGUACUGGAUCUGCGAGAUUUUCCCAAUCUAACUUCAUUGCCAAACUGGUUUGGAGACCACCUCACUUCUCUUCAACACCUGACACUACACAAAUGUCCGAAGCUUGAAACACUUCCAUCCAGCAUUCAAAUGAUGACGACAUUCCAAAGUUUGACCAUAGGUGCAUGCGACCUACUGGAACCACGGUGUGAAGAGGGAGGAGAGGAAUGGCACAAAAUUAAGCACAUCCAUAAGUUGAGUAAGGAAAUUAAUAUAUUCAUGUAUUAG